AGCAAACACCACCUACCGACGACGUCGAAAGCCUGCUUCUCGCAUCACCGCCACGCACCGCACGAAGCGCCUCACUCCAAAGCUGCGGUCGCAUUAGCAACCCUCAUCCACUUCCCCUGUCGAUCAUCUCGCAAUGUCUGCCCUCGAGGCAGCGCGGAACAUCCGCGAGGAUCUCGAGCGCCUCGAACAGGGCAUCUCGGAUCGCGUACGGGAAGAGCCCAAGCAUAUCCGCAACAUUCUCAACAGAGAUCACGAGGUGGCGCAGCUGCUUGGUGAGAUCCAGAAGCAGGCUAGCAGCCUGGUUGACAUCCUGAACGAUGAUAUCGGCUUCACGGGGCAGGCUAUGGAGGAGCUGAGCACCGGCGAUCCAUUCAGCAAGUUCUACAGUCAGAUGGACACUCUUCGUGAGCAUCACAACCGGUACCCGAACGAGCAGGCCGAGAACCUCGAGCAACGCUAUCGACUGAAGCACGACUACACUGGCGCAACCGCCUCGAUCGUCGACUCGCUCUUUUCCGGCGAAGAGGGCUUCGGCAAAUACUUUGACCUCAACACCUGCCACGACGAAUUUCUCAGCCUCCCCAAUGUCAAACAUCUUUCCUAUCUCCAAUAUCUUGAAGAGUUCGACAACUUCGCCCCCAAUCACGGCGGAGUGAAACGGGCCGAGAAGCUGACCGACCAGUACUUCAAGUACGUCGGGGACUUGGCCGAGUAUCUAACUUCAUUCCGGAAACGCACGAAACCCCUCGAGGAUGUCGACAAGGUCUUGGCCGAGUUCGAUGUCGAGUUUGGCAAGGCAUGGAGCAAGGACGAGGUGCCAGGCUGGCAGUCCGAGGGCGGUUCCGCGAGUAGUGGCCCCAACAAUCUCAGUAGCCCCGACGCUGUAUGGUGCGACGAUUGCGAGAAGGAGUUCAAGAACGAAAACGUUUACAAGAACCAUCUGACUGGACGGAAACACGUCAAGGCAGCCGAGGCCAGGAAGCAGCACCAGGAGGCUGGCGACAACGAGGAUGGCGGCCGAUCAAAUGGCGCUCUGUCAACAAAGCGCAUCAAGGAGCGAGCCGUGGCAGAGCGUGAGCAUCGAGUCAAGCGACUUGCCAGCGCGAUGAGCACGGAACGCAGUGACACGCGAGUCAACGUCGAGCGCAAGCAGGGUAUGACGGAGCGCGAGCGCCAGCAGGAGCUCGAGAACCUCAACAACAUAACCGAGGAGCCGAGAGAGACGGAAGAGAACGGUCAAGAAGAAGGUGACGAGGGAGACGAAAAGAUAUACAACCCGCUGAAGCUGCCGCUCGCCUGGGACGGCAAGCCGAUCCCCUUCUGGCUGUACCGACUGCACGGCCUAGGCGCAGAGUUCAACUGCGAGGUCUGCGGCAACUUUGUAUACAUGGGACGCCGGGCGUUCGACAAGCACUUUAGCGAGCCGCGACACAUUUACGGCCUCAAGUGCCUGGGCAUCACCAACGUCACCCUCUUCCGAGAUAUAACCAAGAUCGAAGAGGCGUUGAAGCUGUGGGACAGGAUUCAGAAGGAGCAGAAGAAGUCGAGGAUUGACGACGGCAGCAUCGUGCAGAUGGAGGACAGCGAGGGCAACGUCAUGCCCGAGAAGGUAUACCUGGACCUGCAGAAGCAGGGUCUUCUGUAAGCGGCGGGCAUGGCGGCGGUUCUUGGGAAGAAAAGCGGUGGUUACAACUACUAGAUGUAUUAUAGAUGUGGCCCUGACGGUACAGCCACGUGUAUCUCGAAUACCAACUUUUUGGAGCG